CUUUUUCUUUCCCCUCUUUGAGGCUUUCUGAUGCCUGGAGUGAGCUCAACUCAAAGGUUUGCAGCCUCACACUCGCCUCUCAUUGCCCACAGCUCCACCGAGCUCUGCGAUUCUGAGGAAUACUGGGUGCCAGCAUCCAAUUCACAGCCGCCUUUCCCCUGCAGGUGUUGCAGAAACUUCAAAAUGCGUCUGGAAGAACUGAAAAGAUUGAAGAAUCCUUUAGAACAAGUUAAUGAUGAUGGAAAAUAUUUAUUUGAAAAUCAUCAACUGGCCAUGGAUGUGGAGAAUAAUAUUGAAAAAUACUCCUUCAAUCUACAGCCCUUGGAAUCAAAGGUGAAAAUCAUUCAGAGAGCAUGGCGCAAAUACCUGCAGCAGCAGGACCCUCUGGAGAAAAGAAGCCCGUCCCCGCCGUCCGUCUCCUCAGACAAGCUGAGCAGCUCCGUGAGCAUGAACACGUUCUCUGACAGCAGCACACCCGAUUACCGAGAGGAUGGGAUGGAUCUAGGCAGUGACGCCGGCAGCAGCAGCAGCAGCCGCGCCAGUUCGCAGUCCAACUCCACCAAAGUGACCCCUUGCUCCGAGUGCAAAUCCUCGUCGUCACCGGGGGGCAGCCUGGACUUGGUGUCUGCCCUGGAAGACUAUGAGGAGCCCUUCCCGAUCUACCAGAAAAAGGUGAUUGAUGGGUGGGCGCCGGAGGAGGAUGGGGAGGAGGAGGAAGAGGAGGACGAGCGCUACGAGCGAGGAUACCGGGAUGACCGCUGUCCGGCCCGGGGGCCGGGGGACGUAAUCGCCAGGACUGGCAGUGGCGGCGGCGGGGGCAGGAGCGCCACCACCGCCAUGCCACCCCCGGUGCCCAAUGGCAACCUCCACUCGCACGAUCCCCAGGACCUCAGGCACAAUGGCAACGUCGUGGUGGCUGGCCGGCCGAACAGUUCCCGGGGUCCCCGCCGGGCGAUCCAGAAGCCCCAGCCGGCUGGGGGCCGGCGCGGUGGCCGGUGCCCGGCAGCCGGGGGCCUCUGCCUUCAGCCCCCAGACAGCAGGACGUGCGUCCCCGAAGAGCCCCCGGUUCCCCCUAUGGACUGGGAGGCACUGGAGAAGCAUCUGGCCGGGCUGCAGUUUCGGGAGCAGGAGGUGCGGAACCAGGGCCAGGCGAGGACCAACUCCACCUCCGCACAGAAAAAUGAGAGAGAGUCUAUCAGACAGAAGUUGGCGCUUGGAAGCUUCUUUGAUGAUGGCCCAGGAAUUUAUACCAGCUGUAGCAAAAGCGGGAAGCCGAGCCUUUCCUCCCGACUACAGAGUGGGAUGAACCUGCAGAUAUGCUUUGUCAACGACAGUGGCAGUGAUAAGGACAGUGACGCUGAUGACAGUAAGACGGAAACCAGCUUGGACACCCCCUUGUCUCCCAUGAGCAAGCAGAGUUCUUCCUAUUCCGAUAGAGACACUACUGAAGAGGAGUCCGAGUCCCUGGAUGACAUGGACUUCCUCACACGGCAAAAGAAACUGCAAGCUGAAGCCAAGAUGGCCCUCGCCAUGGCCAAACCAAUGGCCAAAAUGCAAGUGGAAGUGGAGAAACAGAACAGGAAAAAGUCUCCCGUCGCUGACCUUCUGCCGCACAUGCCUCAUAUAAGUGAAUGCCUGAUGAAAAGAAGCUUGAAGCCCACUGACCUGAGAGACAUGACCAUCGGGCAGCUGCAGGUGAUCGUCAACGACCUCCACUCUCAGAUAGAAAGUCUGAAUGAAGAGCUGGUCCAGCUGCUCCUCAUCCGGGAUGAGCUGCACACGGAGCAGGACGCCAUGCUGGUGGACAUUGAGGACUUGACCAGACAUGCUGAAAGUCAGCAGAAGCACAUGGCGGAGAAAAUGCCUGCGAAGUGAAAAGAAGCCAUUGAACCCGAGAACAAGCUAGAAUUUAUUUUGCUUCUGUGGUUGUGAAAAUGCUGUUGCUAACAGUGGCACAGAAACAUACAUCAGUGUUAGUCAUUGAUAAUGUCCGAAGCUUAACGUCCAGUGAUUGGCCUUUGCUUCUUAAUUUAUUUUAAUUUUUUACUUGUGCCACUUACUGUCAGGCAUUUUAAUAAAAUCUUGUUACAAAAAUGUACAGUACCUACACCAUCACAGAUCAUGGUUAAUCAAAGAGAGUAGUAAAACUUUAUUUUUAUUUGUUUAGAGAUUUUAAGUUGGAGCAGUAUUUUCCCAUUGACUACUUUCAUUCUUUGCUGUAGUUUUAAAGAACUGUAAAUGACGGUGCUAUUCAAGUCAAAAAAUACAUGCCUGCCUCGUAGUGACGUUCUAGUUCUCCGUAAUAUGUACAUUUUAAUCAGUUUUCAACAUUUUGUGAAUGUUGACUACCUGAAGUUCCUUUUUAGAUGUGCUAUUAACAUUCUUUUGGAUUCAGAGGGUUCCUUGAAAGUUUUAUGUAUAAAUAUGUAAAAUAAAAAUUAAAAUUUUGUUUCA